AUGGCCCCUCCGAGUGAGGAGACGCCCCUGAUCUCCCAGCGAUCCUGCAGCCUCUCCUCCUCAGAGGCCGGUGCUCUGCAUGUGCUGCUCCCACCUAGGGGCCCAGGGCCCCCUCAGCGACUGUCCGUCUCCUUUGGGGAGCACUCGGCUGAGGAGCUGUGUGUGCGAGCUGCCAAGGCCAGCGGAAUCCUGCCUGUGUACCAUUCCCUCUUUGCCCUGGCCACUGAAGACCUGUCCUGCUGGUUCCCACCAAGCCAUGUGUUCUCUGUGGAAGACGUGGGCACUCAAGUCCUGGUCUACAGGCUCCGCUUUUACUUCCCCAACUGGUUUGGGCUGGAGAAAUGCCACCGCUUUGGGCUACGCAAGGACUUGGCCAGUGCCAUCCUUGACCUGCCUGUCCUGGAGCACCUCUUCGCCCAGCACCGCAGUGACCUGGUGAGCGGGCACCUGCCAGUGGGUCUCGGCCUCAAGGAGCAAGGUGAAUGCCUAAGCCUGGCUGUACUGGACAUGACACGCAUGGCACGGGAGCAGGCCCAGCGGCCAGAGGAGCUACUGAAGACAGUCAGCUACAAGACCUGCUUGCCGCCCAGCCUGCGCAACUUCAUCCAGGGCCUGAGCUUCGUGACGCGAAAGCGCAUCCGGAGGACCGUGCGCCUGGCCCUGCGCCGCGUGGCUGCCUGCCAAGCCGACCGGCAAUCUCUCAUGGUCAAGUACAUCAUGGACUUGGAGCGGCUGGACCCGGCUGGGGCCACCGAGACCUUCCGUGUGGGCCUCCCAGGGGCCGCCGGCAGCCAGGACCGGCAGGGGUUGCUCAGUGUGGCCGGAGGCAGCGGCAUCUCUUGGAGCUCUGGAGAACACGAGACCCUCCAGCCCUUCUGCGACUUUCCCGAAAUCGUAGACAUCAGCAUCAAGCAGGCCCCGCGCGUGGGCCCGGCCGGGGAGCACCGCCUGGUCACCGUCACCAGGACGGACAACCAAAUCCUGGAGGCUGAGUUCCUGGGACUGCCUGCGGCGUUGUCCUUUGUGGCGCUGGUGGACGGCUACUUCCGGCUGACCACCGACUCCCGACACUUCUUCUGCAAGGAAGUGGCGCCCCCGCGGCUGCUGGAGGAGGUGGCCGAGCAGUGCCACGGCCCCAUCACACUCGAUUUUGCCAUUAACAAGCUCAAGACCUGGGGCUCACUCCCUGGCUCCUAUAUUCUCCGCCGCAGCCCCCAGGACUUCGACAGCUUCCUCCUCACUGUCUGCGUCCAGAGCCCCCUUGGUGCUGAUUACAAGGGCUGCCUCAUCCGAAGAGACCCCACUGGAGCCUUCUCCCUGGCUGGUCUUGGCCGGCCCCACAGCAGCCUUCGAGAGCUCCUGGCAGCCUAUAGGGAUGGUGGGCUGCAUGUGGAUGGGGUUGCACUGAACCUCACCUCCUGCUGCCCCCCCAGACCUAAAGAAAAGUCCAACUUGAUUGUGGUCCGGGGAGGCUGCAGCCUGCCCACAUCGGGCCCCAUUCAGCCCCAAUCCCAGUGCCAGCUGAGCCAGAUGACAUUUCACAAGAUCCCCUCUGACAGCCUGGAGUGGCAUGAGAACCUGGGCCAUGGGUCCUUCACCAAGAUAUAUCGGGGUCAUCGUCAUGAGGCUGUGGACGGGGAAGUCUGGGAGACCGAGGUGCUGCUCAAGGUGUUAGAUGCCAAGCACAAGAACUGCAUGGAGUCAUUUCUGGAAGCAGCAAGCUUGAUGAGCCAGGUGUCUUAUCAGCAUCUCGUGUUGCUCUAUGGCGUGUGCAUGGCUGGAGACAGCAUCAUGGUGCAGGAGUUUGUGCACUUGGGGGCCCUAGACACAUACCUGCGCAAACGUGGCCACCUGGUGCCAGCCAGCUGGAAGCUACAAGUAGUCAAGCAGCUAGCUUAUGCUCUCAACUACCUGGAGGACAAAGGCCUUCCUCAUGGCAAUGUCUCAGCUCGGAAGGUGCUCCUGGCUCGGGAGGGGGCUGAGGGAAGCCCACCCUUCAUCAAGCUGAGUGACCCUGGGGUCAGCCCCACAGUGCUAAGCCUGGAGAUGCUCACCGACAGGAUCCCCUGGGUGGCCCCCGAAUGUCUCCAGGAGGCCCAGACACUCGGCUUGGAGGCUGAUAAGUGGGGCUUCGGUGCCACAGUCUGGGAGGUGUUCAGCGGGGUCCCCAUGCCCAUCAGUGCCCUGGAUCCUGCCCAGAAACUCCAGUUCUACGAGGACCAGCAGCAGCUGCCAGCCCCGAAGUGGAUGGAGCUGGCCCUGCUGAUCCAGCAAUGCAUGGCCUAUGAGCCCAGCCACAGGCCUUCCUUCCGUGCUGUCAUCCGAGACCUCAACAGCCUCAUCACCUCAGAUUACGAGCUCCUCUCGGACCCAACGCCUAGUGCUCUGGCACCCCGAGAUGGGCUGUGGAAUAGCGCUCAGCUGUAUGUCUGCCAGGACCCCACAAUCUUCGAGGAGAGGCACCUCAAGUAUAUCUCUCAGCUGGGCAAGGGCAACUUCGGCAGCGUGGAGCUGUGCCGCUAUGACCCGCUGGGCGACAACACGGGCGCCCUGGUGGCCGUGAAGCAGCUGCAGCACAGCGGGCCAGACCAGCAGAGGGACUUCCAGCGGGAGAUCCAGAUUCUCAAAGCGCUCCACAGCGACUUCAUUGUCAAGUACCGUGGUGUCAGCUACGGCCCCGGCCGCCAAAGCCUGCGCCUGGUCAUGGAGUACCUGCCCAGUGGCUGUCUGCGCGACUACCUGCAGAGGUACCGCGCCCGCCUGGACGCCAGUCGUCUGCUCCUGUACGCCUCGCAGAUCUGCAAGGGCAUGGAGUACCUGGGCUCCAGACGCUGCGUGCACCGCGACUUGGCCGCUCGCAACAUACUGGUGGAGAGCGAAGCGCACGUCAAGAUCGCCGACUUUGGCCUCGCCAAGCUAUUGCCACUGGACAAGGAGUAUUACGUUGUCCGAGAGCCAGGCCAGAGCCCCAUCUUCUGGUACGCCCCGGAGUCCCUCUCUGACAACGUCUUCUCGCGUCAGUCGGACAUCUGGAGCUUUGGGGUCCUCCUGUACGAGCUCUUCACUUACAGCGAGCGGAGCUGCAGCCCCUCGGCCGAAUUCCUGCGGAUGAUGGGGUAUGAAAGAGAGGCCCCGGUCCUCUGCUGCCUCUUGGAGCUGCUGGCCGCAGGCCAAAGGCUGCCUGCGCCCGCGGGCUGCCCCGCCCAGGUUUAUGAGCUCAUGAAGUUGUGCUGGGCUCCCAGCCCACAGGACCGGCCACCCUUCAGCACCCUGGGCUCCCAGCUGGACUCACUGUGGAGUGCAAGCAGAGGGUAG